AUGGUUCGCACUUUCAUCAAAAGAAGCUUUGGAACUCCGUGCUGCUCCACCCGGGCUUCCCUCCUCCCACAAACACACAGCUCCUCUCCCCGCUCAUGCUCCCACUGCUUCAGAUCCGCGCAUCCACAGCUCCACGCACCAGCCCCUGCGCGCUGCUCAGAGCGGCACAGAGCCGCGGUUCUCUCUGCGCUGAGGAACAUGAAGUUUGUGGCUGUCCUGCUGCUGUCGCUGUCUGCGUCCUGCGGUGUCAGAGCGGCGACUCCAGCAAAGAAUGAAUUUGUGUCUUUGGCUGAAAUGGAGGACGCUCUGUUGAAGAACCUUUUUCAAGGAUACCAGCGGUGGGUCCGGCCGAUUCAGCGAGUCAAUGACACAGUGAGAGUGAGAGUCGGACUCAAAAUCUCCCAGCUCGUGGAUGUGGAUGAAAAGAACCAGUUAAUGACAACAAAUGUUUGGCUGUGCCAGGAAUGGUACGACUACAAGCUCAGAUGGAAUCCAGAAAAUUAUGGUGGAAUCACCUCCAUCAGAGUUCCUUCUGAAAAUAUAUGGCUUCCAGACAUUGUUCUCUAUGAAAACGCUGAUGGGCGUUUUGAGGGCUCACUCAUGACUAAAGCCAUUGUUAAAUACAAUGGGGCCAUCACCUGGACUCCUCCUGCAAGCUACAAAUCUGCUUGUACCAUGGACGUCACCUUCUUCCCCUUUGACCGACAGAACUGCACCAUGAAGUUCGGCUCAUGGACGUACGAUGGCCACAUGGUAGACCUGGUCCUGAUGGACCACCAGAAACUGCCCAGAAUGCUUUGCAUGCGUGGCCACACAGACCGUUACCACUACCCAGAGCUGGCCCCUGAAAGCCCCGAGCUGAAGCCCCGGUCUGGCAGAAGGGCAGGAGGUCAGCGGACUGCUGCGUCAGAGGGGAAGGAGGAGGAGCCCUGGUCCGGCAUGUUGGAAAAAGCUAUUUACUCUGUGCGCUACAUCAGCAGACACAUCCGCAAGGAACACUUCAUUCGAGAGGUGGUACAAGACUGGAAGUUUGUGGCUCAGGUGUUAGACCGUAUCCUCCUGUGGGCCUUUCUCUCUGUAGCAGUUCUGGGCACAAUCUUCAUCUUCACACCAGCUCUGAUGAUGUUCAUGAAAGUUCCUCCCCAAGCUGCCAGCGAGGAGUCUUCCUCCACCCCUCCGCACUAA